AUGACAAACGAUCCGGAGCAAAUGGAAAUCCUGUGUAGUAACUGGACCAUUCGUACCAGCACUCAAAUCAGGAACAGCAUUAAGAGCGACAUUCAACACAUAUCUGCUAACUUCCAAAUGAGCAGUGACACUUGCAAUCAUCAACACCUUCUUCUGACCAGUAUCGAGAACAUCCAUGCCAAGCUGCUGAACAACCAUCUCUACCUCGGCUGUGCCCCAACAUCCUCUGGGUACUACUUCAACAUGUUGUAUACCAGUAACCCAGUGCCCGCAGCCCCAAGAUGUGUCUUCCCAGGAUGUUACGACUUAGAAUGUAUAGUCCAGGAGUGCAUCAUCCCAGGAUGCGGCUUCCCAGGAUGUACCUGCUCAGGGCACAUGGUCCUAGAAUAUACCUUCCCAGUGUACAUUGUCCCAGAACGCACCGUCCCAGGACACACUGUCCCCAGACCCACUGUCCCAGUUUGUCCUUACAAUCAAAUGCGCUAGAUGAGACAAGGAGAGUAGU